AUGUCGGAGAAUAGUAGCCACGACACACACCCCUAUGCCCCCGCUGCCCAGAAGAUUCCUCAAACCUCUCUUCCCAGCGGGAGUGGUGUUCAUCCGAUCCCUAAUCCCCGGCAUAACUCCAUCUACAGCGCAUCGAACGAGUCUCCUGGUAGUGAUGUGGUCAUGAACGGUAUCAAUGUUGGCGAACAAGGCCACCACUAUCAUUAUCCAAGUGCUCCCGGUUCGACUCCCAGAACCGCUUACCCUAAUGGCGCAUCAAAUAGUGCUACGUCUCAUAAUAAAUGGCCGGGUUCAUACUACCAGGUUAAUCAAUAUAUGAAUCAUCACAGUGAUCCCGAUCACACACGGCAUAUAACUUCUCCAAUAGUCUCUCCCCAUGGUGUCCAGUACCAGCAAGCAGCGCACACAUGGGACCCAACGCGAUCUCUUCAGCGAUCACAACCCUCGCUGCAAGAUCAAAACUACCCACAAAGCAGAACCCUAUACAACAACGCAUCCUAUGGACGGCCGCCACAUCACCCGGUUGAACCGACAGCCACUGCACCCUCACCUCCAAAUCCAUACCCCAGUUCCCCACGAACUCCCCAAGCAACAGGAACGAGCCAACUGCCACCUUCAAAUGGUCUAGUAAUAGCUCCAGGUCACAAGCAAUCGCUCAACUCCAUUGGCCCUGUUUCCUCUAUGCCCUCUAUCAACGGUAAUAUCCACCAGCAAGAACUGCAAGAGCAGAGACGAGAGUACCAACAAAAUCCACAUAUUGAUAACCACCAGCAACACCAUCAAGGUUCUGACCGGGGUGCUUUUGUAGAGACAUUACAUGAUCCCCCGGCAAGAUAUUCCCCAUUACAGACUAACCGUCUGCUAAAUACUGGGGGUGCCAGGCGGUCAUCAGGGAUGGAUAUGCGAGUUGAUGCCGGAAGAGACCGAAUAACUCCUCAUCCGUUUGGUGCUACUGCGCCGACAAAUUCGCAGUCCAACUACUACUACAACAGUUCUCCGUUGUCACCGGGUUCAAAAAUCAGCACCUCACUGAACGAAGCUCUGCAUUCUGGACGCUAUCAGUAUAACGGUACACAAAGUGGUGGAUUCCGCUACGAAGGAAACAAAGGUGCCAAUGAGAGAGCUAAUUCCGAGGAACAGCAUUCCUAUCUUACAGGGUCAGAAUCGCAGUUCACGGGACUACAGCGUCCAGGGUCGGUAGAGGUUCGGAAAACGUCCCCCCAGAAAGUCCCGAAUGGACACCAGGAACAUAUCAAGAAUCAGCGCCACGAUGAUACUGAUGAAGAGGAUGGAAUAAAGAGGGAGUCAAUUUCUAGGACUGCCAGUGCAAGCAUCAGCCCAACUGCCACACGCAGCAUGCUUCCAGGUGCUGGUGCUAGGAGAGAUAGCAUUGAUUCCACUGUCAGUGCCGGUAGUGGAAAAGAGGGUAGCAAGAAGAGAGGUGGUCCGGUAUUUACUGAUCCUACUACUGGGAGGCAGUAUUAUGAGGAGGAUAUAGUACCGCCUGGUGUUGAGAUCCCGACAGGGUGGCAACUGGGUGCUGGGAAAAAAUGUCUGAAUAAACUAUUGCCAUUGCUUAAAGACGGGUUACCGGUAUUUCCGGAAUGGGGUCUUACGUCAGCUGGAAAGGCGAGGCAACGACUGCCGAAAGCUUGUGCUAGCUGUCGCACCAAGAAGAUUAAGUGUGUUGAGAGUGACCAAGAUGAUACCAAGUGUGCACAUUGUCAUAAAAUGAGAAUUGCCUGUAGCCAAGACGAUGAAGAGAAGCCCGCUCGAAAAAAUUCGAAGAAGAUUUCCGACAAAAAGAAAAGAAAGGAAGGAACAACGGAUCAGGAGUCGGCUGUUGGAGGAUCUGCAUCGCCGGGCGUUCUUCAUUUAAAUGGUGCACAAGGCAGCCUUGGGUUCCCAAAGAAACGGAAAGCCUCUGACGAUGGUCAAAAAUCUGGUGGUGGGUUUCUCAAACGAGGGAAAUCAUCAAGGGAUAGUUCGUUUUCCAUGGAGCCAAUUGAGGAGAAGACAGCUGUUAUGGAUAAUUCCCUGGACAGUACCAAAUCAACACUACGGCAUCACCAGCAGCCGCAAACGCAAACACUCGUACAGAGUCAGAAGAGAUUGACUUUUGCAACGGAGUCUGCUGCUCCAAUGAAUGUGACCGACGAAGGUCGAACAUCCAGGAACUACAAUGCUAGGCUGUUGGCAGAUCAAUACCCACCAGGAAGCUAUGGGAUGGCAGGGAUACAACCAGUACCAGGGGCUACUCCAAAUUCCUUUACCUCUGCCUCCCCCACCACAUCUGACCAUCCAGCCAUUUAUGGGGUAAACAAUUCAUACUCAUCAAGCUCACAGGCCCUGAGUACAACACCGACCAUAAUGGAAACUCCCACCUUAUCUUAUGUGCCACUCCCAAUAGGUGAAGAUCCAAGACAUAGCAACUUCCCUGCUCCGAAGGUGGUCAGUCAUCUCGUAGAGAUGUAUUUCAAAUAUGUGUAUUCACAGACAUAUGCCUUUCUUCACAAGCAAACAUUCAUCAAGGAAUUUGAGUCACAACCGGAUGUUCUGGUAAUCUCUCUAUGCACGGUGGCAGCAAGAUUUUCCCCAGAAUGCUCCCACAUGGAAGAAAGUCUUGCGUCCCAAGCUAGGCAACUCAUUUUCAAGAAUUACGACAACUAUUGCUUGGAAGUAGUGCAAAGUAUGAUACAUAUGGGUCUUCAUGAUUUUGGAAGUAGCCAGGGAGACAAGGCAUGGAUGUUUUGUGGUAUGGCAGUCAGAAUGGGGACGGCUCUGAAUCUCAACUUGGAGAAUGGUCGGGCGAAAGUAGUGCUUCAAUCUUCAAUUGCCAGAGAAUCUGCACGAAGGACCUUUUGGUCUUACUAUUUAAUGGAUAGAUUCAAUAGCUAUGGCGUUGCACGGCCGUUUCUCACUCAAGAUCAUGAUUGCCAUGUUCAACUCCCUUGUAAUCAGCCAUCCUUCAGGGACGGAAAGAUUGUUGUGACCGAGCAUCUGCUUGGAGUGAACCCAGCCAAGCCAGAUGUAGGCACCAUACACAUGGGAGCCAUGGCGUUUUUGGUACGUGUGGUCGGUAUCUGGGGGAAUAUCUUGAAACAGAUACACCUAUCUGGAUUCGAAAAGAAAAAGGAUAAAGAUGCAGAGUUCCGGGCAUUGAUAGAGGAUUUGGAGACUUGGAGGAAAUCGCUCCCAAGCGGAUUGGAGUAUUCAAACGAGAAUCUUGCUGGUCAGAUCAAGGUGGGCACAGCUGGUGCUUUCGUCACCAUGCAUGUUAUGUGGCACACAGCUAUGGCAUAUGUUCACAGGUAUGUAAGAAUAAUUACCAAGCAAGAGGAGACCGACGAAGAGGGCCACAGCAUCCUGGACGAAAGCAUCAUCACAAGUAUACGGAAGACAUUUGUCCAUGCAGAUGCAGUACUCUUGAUCAUGUCUCAUGUGAAGCAAAGGAGAAAGGAAGCGAAGGAGUUAGGGGAGACUGAAGUGAUUGUCAAUGCACCAUUUCUAGGACAGGCUAUAUCUGAUGCUUGCGACAUAUCAAUAAUCCGAGCGCUGGAAUCGAAGGGGGACCCUAAUAACGCACUGAAACAGAAGGAAAGAAUAUAUGUCGGGUUGAUGUGGUUGAAAGAGCUACGCGGAUACUGGAAGCCUUUGGAAGGAAUGUACAGGAAAUUACGCAGGGCAUAUAACAAACACCUAGACAAGAUCGUAUCUCAAACACAGCCUAGCCUAAUAAGCAACGUUAUCCCAUCGCCAGAUUCUGGAAAUGGCAGCGAGAUGAUAACGGAUUACCCCAUGUUUCAAUUUCCAAUCGAUCCUGCUACUUACGACUUGCAUCCAGACAUGGGUAUGCAUCUCUCAGCGCCUGAGCCCUUGGAAUCACAGCAAUGGCUCUGCCUUCCCGAGAGUUACUACGAGGCGGCGUUUGCAGGCUCGAGUAUGUCAUUGUAUGGGAUCGCAGAAGCCGAAGGUGGAUUCCCUCAGCUGUAUAUAGACCAUCAUGGGAUGAGAGAUGAUAUGGUGAUGACAACUUCACUCGCGCCUGAUUCAAAUAUGACCUAUCAAGCUGCGAUUUUGGAUCCACCUUCAAUGCCGCUCAUGUCUCACCAAUCGUUUGACCAGCUUAAUGCACAUCGACCCAGCGAGCCGGAUCCCGAGGAUAGCGAUAACGACUACGAAGAUGAAAAGGAGGAGGUUGAUGAUGGGGAUGGGCAAUCGAUGACGUCUAGUAAAAAAAGGGAGAAAGCAAAAUCGAGUAUAUCAACGCUCUACUUUCAUCCAAACGCCGUCCUUGAUGGCAAACUGGGUGAUUCAUCGGGCUCUGAAAGUUCUGGCCUUGCUAGUCGACGACAGAGCGAAGCUGCACCGAAGUCCGAGCACAAUAGAAUGGAUGUGCUUAAUCUCUUAAUAUCAGCAAGUGUCACGCAAUACGUUAGAAGAGAGCUGGAGACGCAUGAUAAGUCGGAUCUAGGGACUGGCCGGCAGGGAAUUAUGGUUCCAGAUGAUUGUAUAUUGAAGGGGGAGGUCAACACGGACAACAGCAAAGACAAUGGCCACAAUAAUUGA